AUGGAAAUGCAACGAAGAGUUUUGAUCGUCGGUGCCGGCUUCGCAGGCGUGUGGAGUGCCCUCGCUGCGAAGCGGCUGAUCGACCUCAACCACGCAGAGGGCAUUGAGGUGACUGUCGUGGCGCCCGAACCUAGACUGGUCCUGCGCCCGAGGCUCUACGAAGCAGACACGGGAGUGAUGAGUACCUCCCUAACCGAACUGUUUGAUGUGAUCGGCGUUCAAUAUAUCAAAGGCAAAGUCCAUACUAUCGACGCUUUACAACAGCAAGUGAAGAUACGGGAUGCAGACGGGGCGUACUCAAGCCUUUCCUACAGCCGUCUUGUCUUAGCGGCUGGAAGCUGUUUGUUGACGCCAGAUAUUCCUGGACUGCGUGAGCAUUGCUUCAGUGUCGAUCAAUUGGAAGACUCGGAGGCUCUGCACAAACAUCUACAAACGCUACCGUUACUUCCUCCAACGGCUGCUCGCAACACCGCUAUUGUUGUGGGCGGGGGCUUUACAGGCAUCGAAAUCGCCGCUGAGCUGCCAGCUCGGUUGCGCUCAAUCUUAGGAAAGGAUGCUGAUGUUCGUGUCGUCGUUGUCGACCGAGCCAUGGAGAUCGGUAAUGAACUCGGCCCUGGUCCUCGCCCAGUGAUCAAACAAGCCCUCACCGAGCUUGGAGUGGAGAUGAAACUCGGGGCGGCUGUUGCAUCGGUCAAUGCAAAGGGAGUCGUCACAGCUGAAGGCGAAACGAUCGAGGCCCUUACAGUCAUCUGGACUGGUGGGAUGGGAGCGAACCCUCUGACUCAACAAAUCAAGAGUGAGAAAGACAGCAUCGGGCGCCUCCACGUUGACCGCAAUUUGCGCGUCCCUGCCAAUGAAGCAAUCUUCGCCACAGGUGACACGGCCUUUGCCGCGACCGACGAACAGGGUCAUCAUGCCAUGAUGUCCUGCCAGCACGCAAUACCACUGGGUCGUGCAGCUGGUUACAAUGCGGCCGCAGAUUUACUUAAGCUGGAGAAUAGACCCUAUAUGCAGCCCGCGUAUGGGACAUGCCUCGAUCUGGGACCUUGGGGCUCUGUCAUCUGUGAUGGCUGGGAACGGAAUGUGAAAAUCUCCGGACCACAAGGCAAGGCAAUUAAGCAAUGGAUCAACGGGACUGCCAUCUACCCGCCAAAAGCAGAUAAGGCUGCGGCGUUUGCUUCGGCCGAUCCUGAUCUCGCCGCGGUGGAGUUACAAGCCGCAUUGGCCCAGUUCUUGCCUGAGGAGGAAAGAUCAGGGUUUCGACAUGGCUAG